CUCAUACGCCGUACAAAAGCAAUCACGAGUUGACCGCUGUAAACAUUUGGCUCAGCUUUGGCUCAAAACUGUUGAAGUUUCCUUUUGUUCCUGCAAAAUGUUUUUACUUCUACUAUUUUUAUCUUCUCUGCUGGUUGUUUACGGUACCAGCGUGUGUCCGUGUGAGACACCGGAGCUCUGUCGGCAGAUACGGGAGGAGAGAGACUUUGAGGUGUAUGUAUUUGAUGUGGGAGGAAAGACAUGGAAAUCCUACAACUGGAGUAUGGUGACGACAGUUGCAGCUUUUGGAAAAUACGAUGCCGAGCUCAUGUGCUACGCUCACUCCAAAGGUGCACGAGUGGUCCUCAAAGGUGACCUUCCCCUCUCUUACAUUGUGGACCAAGCUAACAGGACAGCAUGGAUAACAGAGAAGGUCAACUUGGCAAAGAGUCAGUUUAUGGAUGGGAUUAAUAUUGAUAUAGAGCAAGCGGUAGAAACAGGUUCCCCAGAGUACUAUGCCCUGACAAAUUUGGUCAAAGAGACCACUGAAGCUUUCCACAAGGAAAUCCCAGGUUCUCAGGUCUCAUUCGAUGUUGCCUGGUCACCAAAAUGUGUUGACAAGCGUUGCUAUGAUUACGUAACCAUUGCUGAGUCCUGCGACUUGCUGUUUGUGAUGUCCUACGAUGAGCAGAGCCAGAUCCCAGGGGACUGCAUUGCAAUGGCGAACGCCCCCCUCCAUCAAACUCUAAAAGCUUAUGAAGACUAUUUAGAUCUAAAGAUUGAUCCAAAGAAGCUGGUGAUGGGAGUGCCAUGGUAUGGCUAUGACUACCCAUGUGUUAACCUCUCUCAGGAGGGAAUAUGUUAUAUAGACAAAGUACCUUUCCGUGGAGCUCCUUGCAGUGAUGCUGCCGGACAGCAAAAACCAUACGAGUGGAUUAUGGCACAGCUCAGCAGCUCAUCAUCUGGCAGGCAGUGGGACGACCAGCAGCAGGCUCCUUACUUCUAUUACAAGGACGAGACAGGGCAGGUUCAUCAAGUCUGGUAUGAUGACCCACAGAGUAUCUGUCCUAAAGCAGACUUUGUGAAAGCUAUUGGUUUGAGGGGCAUUGGCAUGUGGAACGGCAACAUCUUGGACUACAGCGAUGACCCCGUCGCCAAGCAGCAGACCUCAAGGAUGUGGAAUGCCUUGUUAGGAUGCUAGCUGGGAUACGCUCACCACUGCUGCAGGAAUUUGCACAACUCUGAGCUCACUCGGUUUUUUUGCUAAGUCAAUAUAUGUCUUUGUAGCAGUAAUGGGGUGUGACGCCCCUCUGAACUCAGGGAUGCAUGCUUGCACUAAAGCUUUUACUUUGACUUUUAUUACUCGCGACUUUGAAUGUAGUGACUUCUCAGUCAUUCCUCUUUUUUAAGCGAAUAAACUGUGAUUUUUCCACAAAGAUAAUCUUUUUUAACAUGAUGUACUCAAUAUUAUUGAUCAAUGAUGCUGAUUUUGCACACUUUUAAUUUGUUCUUAAAUAAAAAUCUUGAGUUGCAGAA